GAAUAUUUGUUAUUAUUUUCUAAUACUUUUUUUCAUCUAUUGGACAGCUGACGAAUAUUCUUUCUAAAAAAAAGAAAGUAAAUAAAGACUAACUUUUUCAAAAAAAAGCAUCUCGAAUUAAUUUGCAUGCCUAAUUUGCUGGAAAUCGCUCUAGGUGUGCCGAAAGAUGUAGAAUAUAUUUCUAUUCUUGCAAUGGCAAUUUUAUUCUCGAACGCUAUUAGCGCUUCAAGUAGACGAGGAAUAUAAAAACUCUUGACUGUCAUUUGCGUUUAUCUGCCUAUGUGCACCACUUGUUGCAGAGAUCUACACUACCGAUACUUAGUACAUAUCGCAUGAAACGGAACUAGAAAUCAUAAAUGCAGUAUGUUACUCAUUGGAAAAAUUCAUUGAUCGGUUAGUUCGGUAGCGACAUUUUAUGUAUACAAAGGUAUCUGAAAAAAAAUUUGAUUGCACUUGAAUCGCAUUCGUGACUCGUUCGCUUUCGGACUUUCGGUAUCUCUCGGAUACCGCUUGCGGCUAUUACAGCGUCGUGACGUUUGUCGCGUAUUUUAUUUCUUUUCUCUGACUGCAUGACACAAAUGACACGCAGCGGUACGCGUACUAAGCUCCAAUGAUUUGUGGAAACGUUCAAACGUUACUUUGAAUCCGCACGUGAUUUUACACAGAUUAAAGCGAGCCAGCCGCGAGGCGCGACGUGAUCGUUCGGUGCAAGUUGGUAGAAGCGCUAGCCAACAGGAUCGACAACUCGAUAAGCUCGGCUGAAACAACAACGAAACCUCAAUCGUUUACCCUUCGCGGUCUCUCGCGAGUCUCGCGAGUCUCGCUGAUCUCGCAUCGUCCUCGCGUCGUCCUCGCGUCGUCCUCGCGUCGUCCUCGCGUGUGGAAUCAACUGCCGUACUGCGCUUGAUCACUGGCCGUUUCGUUUCGUGGCGUACGUAUCGUGCGAUUCGUGCGUCGUACACGUUCGCCACGGAUAAACGCGAGCGGCGAGAGUCGACGAGAUAGCGACGAAAGGUGGAACGAACGCAGCCUGGCCAUCUUGGAAAAGACAUGUCGUUUUGGGAGAAACGUCAACCGCACGGUGUUCACCGCGUGAUAGGUGUUUCCAUUAGCUCGCAAUAACGAUCCUGGUAGAUUGCUGUCGACUGGUCGCAGGUCUCAUUUCGGAGGUGACACAGUGGCGUAUCUGCUGACGCCGGUGUUCCCAAGUGCUGGUGACUCGUCGCAACGGUGCACGAUGAAUCGCGGUGACGGGUUGGUGCAGCGGCGACGCGUGGUCAACAAUAGCAGCAACAGCAGUGGCGGCGGAGGUGGCGGAGGUAGCGGACUCGGUCAGGAUGGCUCAAACACUGAUCUCGCUGGCCACAACGACAAACUGUCUGGCCAAAGUCUCGACACGGACUGCUCGUCCCAAAAGGAUCUCAACUGCAAUCCCACCAUCGAUGAGGAUUCGGACAAGGAAACGCGCCUGACUCUUAUGGAGGAGGUACUGCUGCUGGGCUUGAAGGACAAAGAGGGCUACACGUCGUUUUGGAACGAUUGCAUAAGUUCCGGAUUGAGAGGGUGUAUCUUGGCAGAGCUUGGCUUCCGAGGUAGAGUAGAACUUGAGAAAGCUGGGAUGCGGAAGAAGAGUUUGCUGGCGAGGAAGCUCCUCUUGAAGAACGAUGCGCCCACCGGAGACGUGUUGUUGGAUGAGGCUUUGAAACAUUUAAAGGACACGGAUCCGCCUGAGACCGUGCCAAGUUGGAUAGAGUACCUUAGCGGAGAAACAUGGAAUCCCUUAAAGUUGAGAUACCAGCUCAAAAAUGUCAGAGAACGGCUAGCAAAGAAUCUUGUCGAGAAGGGUGUCUUGACCACGGAGAAACAAAAUUUUUUAUUAUUUGAUAUGACUACUCAUCCGCUCACGGACAACCUUGCCAAAAGCCGUCUUGUAAAAAAGAUCCAAGAAGCUGUGUUAGGCCGUUGGGUGAAUGAUGCUGCUCGCAUGGACAGACGAACAUUAGCAUUAGUUAUUUUAGCUCACGCAGCUGAUGUACUAGAAAAUGCAUUUGCGCCGUUAUCUGACGACGAUUACGAAGUAGCGAUGCGAAGAGUACGAACAUUGUUAGACCUCGAUUUUGAAGUGGAAGCCGCUAAACGUAACGCAAAUCCGGUACUUUGGGCUGUAUUCGCUGCAUUCACCAAGUAACAUUCACUUCAUAAAUUACACGGGUACCGAAUAAAUAUCAGAUACUGAAUAAGAAUGUGAAUAAUUGAAUUACAAACUUUGCAUGUAUUUUAAUUGUAUUAUUAUUAUUAUUAUGCAAAAUAGAAUCAUUGUUACAUGAUGAGAUCAUUCAGACCAAAUAAUCUGUAUCGAAUUACAUAGGGAACUCUUUUAGAAGAUUACACAUUUCCAUGAUUGUUAUAUUUAAUAUAUUUGAUAGUUGAAUGACACAAACAUUAUGUAUAAAUAUUAAGUAACAACUCUCCGGAAGUACUCUAUAAAUGUAUAAUACAUCCUGUAUGCUGUAAUACUAUUUCAUAUUUUAUAUUUCGAGAAAAACAUUUAUACUUUUUGCUUAGUAUCCACGUGUGUUUGUGGAUGAACAUUCAUAAACGUAAUAUGGGAAAAUUAUGCAUGGUGCCUCGAAGCGAUUGCUGGGUGACAAUGUCGAAGCAAUUUAAAAAUUAUAUUCUUACGUUCUUAGCCAUAAUACUUUAUAGAUAAAUGUACAUAUAUUAUUUUAAAUUUUUAUUCUUAAUAUGCCACACACACACACACACACACACACUUCUUUUCACGUUAUAAUAUGACUAUAUCUACAGGAGAAUUAUUUUCAUUAAACUACUAAAUCGUAUUCUCUUAAAUAUUAUACACACACACACACACACACACACGUUUGAUUAAUAUUGUAUAUUUAUCUUAAAUCUUUUUCCUCGAAAAUUUCUAGAUACUUUUUUAAUUAUUAAUUAUUCUGUUUUUGUUAUGUGAAUAAUGUUAGAAUACAUAUACUAUUUUAUGGGAAUUUUGUUCGCAAAUCUUGUGUAAUAAUCUUGGAUAAAGUGCCACAUUUCUGAUAAUCAUUUGGAUGUUAUAAAUAACCUAGGAAAUUCUUUGCACCAUUUCUGUAUAAGUGUUCACUUUAUAUAUAUAUAAUAAUCUUGUUGCAAUGUCUCCCUGUAAAAAUAUUAUAUUAACAUUAACAGUAUUACCACGUGGCGAUUAAGUACACAAAUUUAAAACAAGGAAAUAACAGAUUACUUAUUAUCAAUAAACGACAUGUUUACAUUACAAAAUUCUACAAAUAAACAGUAAUUUAUCAUAAUCUAUAAUGGUAAUCGAAUACGAACCUAGCCUAUAUAUCUAAUAUAGAAAAUCGUUCUCGAAAACUAUAUUAAUAUUGAUUAAUAUUGAUUACUAUUGAUGAUAGCAAUGAUAGAGAGUUUUAUUUUCUAGUUUGUUCUGUGUUCCAUCAAUUUUAUUUUGGUAUAUAAAGAUCUAACCGUUUUUUUACGAGAUACACUUUCCUGAUAUUUUUCUUUUUGUUUAAUGAAGUAAUAUAUGUAAACUUUCCAUUUCCAGUUGUUUCUCACAAAUUAACUUUUUCCUAAAACAGUUUUUAUAUUUAGCAGUUACAAAGAUAUCCUUAUGACAUAAUUUAAAUUAUUUUCAAGUUUUUCCUAAUUAUAUUCUUAUAAAUAAUUACUUACUAACUGAUAUUAUAAAAAACUAAUUUUUUGUAGAACAAUUUUACUUUUUUUAUUGGAUCAGUUAAAUUAAUUGUAACUACAAGUGAAUGGAGUCUUGGAUUUUUAUCGGAUUAAACUGCAUAAAAUAUAUCGUAAGAAACUUGUAGUUACCUGUACAAUAAAAAUAAUUUAUAUGCAAUAUAAAUUUAAAUACUAAAUAUCUAUUUGCUUUCUAUCGCUAGCAUAAUAUGUAUGUAUAUAUCUACACACACACACACACACACACCACACAUGUACAUAUAUCACGGAAUUGAUUUCCUAAAUUAAAAAAUAUCACGUGUGAUUGUCGAAUACCAUAUCGAGUGCAUACACACAGACGCGCAUAUUCGAUAUGGUAUUUGAAAACCUCAUUUUUAAUAUGCAAUAUCUUUAAUUUAGAAAACGUACUCUAUGAAUACAGCAAAAUGUGCAAGAUAACUUGUCCAAAAGCAAAUCUAGUAAAUAAGAGCAAUUCUAUGAAAGUUAUUGCUACAGGUACAUUAAUUAUGUGCUAAUAUCAAUCAAUAGUUAAUACUUUGAGCACUUAAUAAAUUGCAUUACAUAAUGU